AUGCGAACCAUUGCUGGCGGCUUGAUCAAGCUUCGUGGCCGCAACGAUAGACUACCCCAACAAUGGUGGUUUGCCUCCACAGCCAUACCGCUCAUUGCAGCCACCAUCGGUCCUCUGUCCAAUGUUCUGUCCAUUGCUGCCCUGGUGACGCCAUGGCGGGUGAUGCUGCCAGACGAUGGGCUACCCUCGAAGAACGGCCGAGGAUCAGACGACGCGGCAGUUGGCAUUGCGGAUCCGCACUGGCAAGUCCCAGGCUCUUUCCAAGUCUGCACCUUCACGGCAAUAGCUGAGACUGUCUCUACCAGGGAAAUCAUCUGGAAUGCCAUCUCUCUCGUCUGCGGGUUCACGGGCAACAUCUUCCUGCUGCUGAACUUUACGGGUCGAGUGCGGUACAUCAUCGCCCUGCCUUUGUCCAUUCUGCUCUGGGUUCUGUCAGCCGUCAUUCUCAUCGCAAUCGAAAUUGCCAUGAACGCCUAUGUCCCUCCCGUGCCCCCGGGCAGCGCAUACUCGCAAGGUUUCUGGCACUCGGUGCUGGCGUCGGCGCUCUACCUGGUUGGGAGCGGUAUCCUGACCAUCAACAUCGUUGGGUAUUUCCGCGGGCAUUAUCCGCAGCAGUUUCACCUCGACGACGACCAGCGGACCCUGAUCCUGCAGACCAUGAUGUUCUUCUUCUGGCUCGCAGGCGGCUCUGGUGUCUUCUGCGCCCUCGAGGGGUUCACCUACACUGACGCGCUGUAUUAUGCCGACGUAUCAGUCCUCACGAUCGGGUUUGGUGACUUUGCGCCAGCAACCGACCCGGGGCGUGGGUUCUUGUUUGUCUUCCAGCUCACCGGCAUCAUAUUCCUGGGUCUGGUGAUUGCCAGCAUCAGCCGGUUCGUGACCAAUAUCAGCGCCGACAAGAUCAUCAAGCAGCACCAGCGCCACGCGCGCGAGUCGACCGUCGGCCGCGCUGUCACCAGCGAGAAGGAGCUCCGCGAGCGCCUGGGCCUGCCGCCGCGCUCGACCCCGGCGCCACCCGCCGACGACGCUGCCACCACCACCACCCGGAUAUCCGAGUCUGGCCGCCGCCGCUCGUCGUUCGCCCAGUACGGCCGCCUCGAGAUUGUUGGCCACACCGUCACCUUCUACGAAAGGAAGAAGAAGGAGGAGAUGGAAAUGGGCAGCGGCGGCGGCGGCGGCCUUGAAAAUGAUGCUGCUGCCGCCGCAAAGAUUGGCCCCCCCAAGAAGAGACUCAGCCUCGACUCUCGGACGCGGGCGCGAGAGGCGGCCAAGGAGAAACGCAAGCGGCGCCGCCAGAAGCUGCUGCUGCUGCAGAAGGAGAAGGACCGGUUCGAUGCGAUGCGCCAGAUCCAAGACGAGACGCGGCGUUGGAAGCAAUACUGGGCGCUCGGCAUGGCGUUCCUAGCCUUUGGCAUCCUGUGGUGCCUGGGUGCACUGGUGUUUAUGCUGACCGAGGCGAGAAUAUCCCAGCUGCGGUAUUUUGACUGUCUGUACCUCUGCUUUGUGGCUCUCUUGACCAUAGGCUACGGCGACUACGCGCCCAAGUCCAACAUCGGCAAGCCAUUUUUCAUCGUGUGGUCGCUAGUCGCCGUGCCAAUCGUGACGGUGCUGAUCCAGGAGAUGUCGCGGACCGUGGUGUCGGCCGUGAACCGCGGCACCUUCACCGUGGCAGACUGGACGGUUCUGCCCAAGCAGGGCGUGCUCAAGCACUUCCUCGACAGGCACCCCAAGCUGUACGGACUCCUGGCCCGCCUCUCGGAGCGCCGGCAGCAGCGCAAGCGCAUCGCCCGCGGGUUUCAGGUCCAGGACCCUGACGAGGAGGUGCUCGGCAGCCACCGGCGCCGCCCCAGCCAUAGCAACCGCUGGUGUGCGGCAAGUCCACAAGAGUUUGACCAAGUUGUAGCUGUUGCUGCCGCUCCUACCGCUGCUCUUACCGCUCCUCCCUUCCGCACAGUCAUGUUUAAGCUGGACGGCGACGGCGACGAUAAAGGCCCCCGAAAGACUGCCUCGGCCGAGGAGCCCGGCAUUGGCUCCGCGGGCCGGCAGCAGCAAGAGAACAGCCAAGAAGACGGUGGCGACGGAGCACCGUAUCCCGCAAUGUCGCUUGAGGGGAUCGCCGACGAACUUAUCGCAGAGCCCGAGGACCCGUCGCACGACCUGGCGCGACAGCUGGCCAUGGCCAUCAAGUCAGUGGCGCACGACCUGCGCCUGGUGCCGCCGAAGCGGUACAGCUACGAGGACUGGGUGCACUUUACGCAUUUGGUGCGGUUCAGCAGCAGCAGAAUUAACAAGAACAACCGCCACGGUGAGAGUGCCGGCGCUGAGGGUGCAAAUGAAAACAACAACAACAAAAAUGACGACGAAGACGACGAAGGGCUCGUCGAGUGGGACUGGAUCGGCGAGGACAGCCCCAUGCUGGCCGAUAUCACCGAGGCCGAGUGGGUGCUGGACCGGCUGUGCGAGAGCCUGAACCGGUACACGCGCCGCCAGGCGCGCAAGCUACCACAGCCGCCGCACCACAAGGGCGUCGACAACCCCGCAGCUACGACGGGGCUAGGAACAGUAGAGGGCGAGACAGAAAAAGUAGGCGGCGAGGCUGAGGAAGCAGACUCGGGAUCUGGGAGCAGUAGCAGUAGCAGUACUGAGCCGAGCGAAGACGAGGCGAGAGAGAGAGAUGCAAACGAGAGAAGCCGCGUUCUAGAGCAACAUCUAAAGAAUUGA